AUGACCGCACUUCAUUCUUUCAACAGCAGGGGAAAAGACCAGAGCUUAAUCCAAAGUCAGAGGAGAAAAGACUCGCAGUGUUCCUGGCAGCGCCUGCCCGUGCAGCGGAAAAGGGUUGGAGAGUGGAGAGCGCAGGGAGCGCCCCUCAGAAGCCCAGGUGGUUUCCUGUCGGGAGAAAGAGGAGCUUUGCUACUCCUGGGGAGAGUCCCAGUUUGGUUCGGCCCCCGGCGGAUCCGGGAGGAAUCGGUAAUGCUGCGCGCUGCCAAUCCCAGCACGGGGGCCCUCCCCUUCCAGUCCCUCAUGGUCUCGGACCUGGGCGAUGUGAAUGUCAAUCUGUACAACCUCCAGGAGAGCUGCCGGCUCAUUCGAGAGGCCUACCAGAAAAUCGCAGCCGCUGGCUGUGUCCCCCUGACCUUGGGAGGAGACCACACGAUCACAUAUCCCAUAUUGCAAGCACUGGCUGAAAAACACGGCCCCGUGGGGCUGCUGCACGUGGACGCGCACACGGACACGGCCGACCAGGCCCUGGGGGAGAAGCUAUACCACGGGACGCCCUUCCGCCGCUGCGUGGACGAGGGACUCCUGGACUGCCAGCGAGUGGUGCAGAUCGGCAUCCGGGGCUCCGCCAGGACCCUGGACCCUUACAGAUACAACCGGAGCCAGGGCUUCCGGGUGGUGCUGGCUGAAGACUGCUGGCUGAAGUCGCUGGUCCCCCUGAUGGGGGAGGUCAGGCAGCAGAUGGGCGGCAAACCCAUAUAUGUCAGCUUCGAUAUCGAUGCCUUGGAUCCUGCCUAUGCCCCAGGCACAGGGACACCUGAAAUUGCUGGUCUCACCCCUAGUCAGGCUCUGGAGAUCAUCCGGGGCUGCCAAGGCCUGAGUGUGGUGGGCUGUGACCUUGUGGAAGUGGCCCCAUUGUACGAUCCUUCUGGCAACACGGCACUGCUGGCGGCUAACCUGCUGUUUGAGAUGCUGUGUGUUCUUCCCCAAGUGAAAGCUGUCUGAGCGGCAUCAGGACAGAACAGCAGGGGGCGGUGCCUGAGGCCAAGGUCUCCAGAAGCAUCUCUGAGCAGUCAGGUCCUAGGCAGUUGAUGUCAGCCCCAGAGGCUGGCGGAGUGUCACUGGGGUCUGAGACAUCAGGGCAGCACUCCCAUCCAAACAGCGAGCAUCUCAAAGGAGUUCGGAUUAACCUUGAGAAAAGGGGCUACAAAGUGCUUGUAUUUGGCUUUGGAUGAAAAGAUGGGAAGAAAUGGAAAACGGAGUUCCCUAAAAAUUGAAAAUGCAGAAAUGAAAUGAACAGGGUGAGGAAAUGAGAUGGUAUAAGCAUUCCCUAUUUCCCCCAGCUCUUCCUGUUGUUCAGGAAUGGAGCGCUACACAUGCUUUUGGGACCACUCCAGAAAAAAAUGUAAGGGGGAAAUGGACAUGCAGAGCUUUAAUAAAGCAGCUUUUUGCUUACACCAGGA